AGAUAUGUGAUACUAACAGUCUUCCAUACUCACUGACCUAAAUACAGAGCAUAAACAGCAGACUAUCGCCGACUUGCCGACGAUCUGUGCGUACGCUGUCAACGAAUUUCAUGUUCCGACAUAUUAUCAGGCAACUACCACCUCGGCUGCUCAGGCUAACCGAUCGUCACGUAAUAGCUAAUUCUGUUACUAAGAACCAGCGAACAAUGGCAUAUAUAAAUAAACCCUUCACUGACCCUUCCAUGAAAGAGUUCUUGGAUAAAUUUUAUAAACUAAUGAGCAGUGAGGCAAUAGAGGCGGAGGAAAAUGUCAACAGCAAAGUCUGUAACUUUGUACAACCACAGGAGCUGGAGAAAUUACUCGACCUUAACAUUCAAGACGGACCUACUUCAAACGAACGGUUACUGGAGCUGAGUAGUGACCUGAUAAAGUACAGCGUUAAAACAGGUCAUCCUCGAUUCUAUAAUCAGCUUUACAGCGGCAAAGAUCCAUACAGCAUGGCGGGGGCGUGGCUCACUGACGCCCUUAGCACUAAUCUACACACUUACGAAGUAGCCCCUGUUUUCGUGAUCUUGGAGAAGUACAUGAUGAAAAAAAUGUGUUCAGUGUUUGGAUUUCCAAAUGGUGACGGUGUUUUUUGUCCAGGUGGUUCCUAUUCCAAUAUCCUAGCACUACAUGUUGCGAGGUACCAGACCAAUCCGUCACUCAAACAGACGGGUAAUUUCGGGUCGAAGGUCAUGACGAUGUUUACUCAUUCAGAUGCACACUACUCUCUAGCCAAAGGGUCCAGUUUUUUGGGAUUAGGAAUGGACAACCUAAUCAGGGUCAAUACGGACGAUAUCGGACGGAUGUGUCCAACUGAUCUUGACAAAAAACUCACAGAACAGAAAACGAAGGGAACACAGCCGGUGUUUGUGAUGGCCACCUGUGGUUCGACUGUUCUUGGUUCCUAUGACGACCUCAAUGCUAUAGCCGAUGUUUGUCAGAAGCACUCCGUCUGGAUGCACGUCGACGCGGCCUGGGGAGGAAGUGCAAUCUUAUCAGCAAAACACCAUUCACUCAUGAGUGGAGUUGAAAGAGCAGACUCGGUGGCGUGGAACCAGCAUAAGAUGAGUGGUGUACCUAUCCAGUGUUCAACUCUGCUCAUGAAAGAGAAGGGACUCUUGGAACAAUGCAACUCGUUCCAUGCAGAGUAUCUGUUUCAACCAGACAAAUGCUACGACACCUCCUACGAUAUUGGUGACAAGACAAUACAAUGUGGACGAAAGGCGGACGUAUUGAAACUCUGGAUGCAGUGGAAAGCGUAUGGAGACAAGGGUAUGGAGGCCCGAGUGGACCAUGCUUUCGAAAUGGCAAAGUACCUGACACAGAAGGUUAAAGAAACAGAAGGAUUCCGGCUAGUCCUUCCCGAGUUUCAGUGCACGAACAUUAGUUUUUGGUAUAUCCCACCACGACUUAGGGGUAAAGAGGAAAACACCGAUUGGUGGAAAGAAGUAGCUAAGGUGGCGCCACAGAUCAAGACGAAGAUGAUGAUGGAGGGAACAAUGAUGACCGCCUACCAGCCUUUGUCCAGCAAAGGACUAGUGAACUUUUUCCGGAUCAUAAUAGAAAACCCGCUUUGUGAUAGGUCAGGGAUGGACUUUAUCGUUAAGGAAAUAGACCGGCUAGGCAGAAAUCUAUAGAGGAAUAUUGGUCAAGGAACGUAAUGUCUUAAUACAUACAUAUAACUAGACAUAUUUUGUAGUCUGAACAAUUUCAGUUACAUUAACUGAUAAUCAUUCAAAAUAUUUUGCACAGGGCAAAGCAUUUAGAUAAUCGCUGUGGGUGAUAUAAAGCCUCGAUAUAAUGCCUCUUGUUUGUAUACAGUGUAUCCCCACGCCCUCUAUGAUUUUCUAAACUGGAUAAGCACCACAAUAUUUCUAAAUUCGUCAUAUUGAUUAACACUACACUUAUAAUGAACAAAUAUGUCGACGUUUUCCUGAAUUCUGCUGCAUGGCUCACGAUACGCUUUGAUUUUUGUAACUGUUACUGUUCCUUGAUAUUCUGGUAUCGGAUCUAAACGUGUAUAUUCCAGGUAUUACUUGGACGAAAUACAUGGAAUUGCAUAUCGAAACCUGUCAUCCUUACCGUGUAAACACACUAAUAAACAGAAAAUAUAAUACAACACUUGUUUUGAUUUGAAAUGCCAUAUAGUUAAUUUCUUUUUCGUUGUUUCUUUUCAAGCGUUCCAAGAAUGGAACAUAUUCUGACUACGUUACAUGUUAGCUUACUCAUAACGUUGAUUCUAAAUUUACCAAAAAGUACAUUACACGUUUUAGUGUUGACAAAUUAUUACUUUUCUUAAAACAUAAUCAAUCAAUACCAUAUCCAAGCAGUACUCCUCUUUUAUUUUAAAAUAGCAUUUCUAGUUUUAAAAUUAAUAAGAUAUGUCAUGCACGAUAUCAAUGUUUAAUGGAGCUAUCAAGUAAAAAGGAAAAAAACGAACGCCAUGUUUUGUCAUUUUUUCUCAUUUUUAUUUAAGAAAAGGGUCAGACAAGCAAGUGUCAUGAUAUAAUACAAAAUACCGUCAGACAACUUGAAUAAUGAUAAUGUUAAUGACCAAUGAAAUUACAGCUUUCAGACGUCUGAUAGUGUUUAUAGCUUUUAGUACUUGAAAUCAUGGCAGUGUAAGCUGUAUAUCACA